AUGCCUAAAUUAGGACGCUCUAUCCUUGCUUUCGUGGCCGUCACAAGUUCUAUUGGUGGUUUCAUCGCGGACUGGAACGAUACCCAUGUCUACAACCCACGUUGGCCUCCACACGCUAAAUUCCACAAUGGCCAAACAAUGUCAAUGGGCUUGAUUGUCGGAAUCGGUGGUCUCUAUUACCUCUACCGCCCAAAUGCCUCAAACGCCGUCGAGAAAGAGUCACUGUACAUGGCUGCAUUCCUCACGAGUCUGACUUGGGUCACGCAGCUUAGCGCGGCCUUGUACCCAGGGUCCCUGCCCAUGGAUCCUGAGUUUGGGGAUGGAUUUCCGCAAGCGUAUUUCUGCACCGUGUUGUUGAGCAUGGUUGCUAUUGGGACAGCUUUGGAAAGUGCAAGGCUCAAGAAUUGGGAAUGGCACUCUACAUCACUGGCCAAUGAUAAUUCGAGGUUUACUUCACCCAAGAUUCAAUCCACUUUGAUUUUAGCUCAUGCUGUCUAUCCACCUAUGCUCAUGGAUCGGCACAUCGAAUUUUAUAUUUUUGGAGACCAAUCUGAAAAGAUUGAUGAAGGACUCUGCACUCUUAUCUGCUCUGAACGCGAUGCUAUUCUAGAUUCAUUCUUAACGAAAUCAUAUGAAGCCAUCCGGUCCGAAAUCCAGGAGUCAAAAUUGGAAGUACCUUUCAAGUUUGCAAGCCUUCUAGACCUUCUAGCUUUACGAAAAGAUGGACUCAAGAGUGUUCCACUAGACCACGCUCUCACUUUUGUGUAUCAAAUUGGGCUCUUCAUCCGAACUUGCCAUAAGCUUGGGCACUAUCCGCAGGCACCAAGCUCUUAUUUGGCAGGGAUCUGUACUGGCACACUCGCUGCAGCUGCGGUCAGUUACAGCCAGUCACUCUUCGAGCUUGUACCAGUGGCAAUACAAGUUCUGAUCAUCUCAUUUCGCGCUGGUGUACUGGCUGUAGAGGUCAAAACGCAUGUGUCAUUGGAUGAUAACACCGGAGCUUCAUGGGCGGUGCUUUAUCCGGAGUUGACGAUAGAGAAGGCAAAUUCUUGUAUCAAAAGCUUUUCGCAAUCUCAUAGGGUUCCUUUGAUCUCAAGGCCAUAUGUAAGUAGUAGUUCAAAUCGUGGUGUUACAAUCAGUGGCCCGCCUGAGCUACUGAGAGUCUUUAAGAAACAUCGAGAUGUAAGCGCCUACAGAGGUAUAGAGCUGUCUAUAAAUGCUCCUUACCAUGCGUCACAUCUUUAUACCACACAGGAUAUUGAAUGUCUCUUAAAUCUGGGCCCAGCACACCCCUGGCUUGAUACACGCAGAAGUAUCCCAAUUCUAUCAAUUGCGACGGGAGAGAUAAUAGAUACCCGUGUCCUAAGAGACAUGCUACAAAAUGCCCUUACAGACAUCUUCCUGAGACCAAUGCAAUGGGAUUUGCUGGCAAGCGCGUUAGAUUCUCUUUUACAACCGUCAAAAAAUACCAAAACCUUGUUGAUUCCAAUCUCCACAGAUGUCGGCCCUGGCACCAAAGCAGUGUUGAAGAUGAAGGGGAACACGAACAUCGAAAUCGCAGCCCAUCCACUCUUAUCCGCAAGUGAUAAAAAUUUGUUUGAUGCCGGGAGACACAAAACGUACUCAAGUGCUGCUGGAAACUUGCCAAGGUCCAAGAUUGCCAUUAUUGGCAUGUCAGGCAGAUUUCCCGGGGCAAACGACACCGCGAAAUUCUGGGACAUUCUUCAUGAUGGACUUGAUGUUCAUGAGGUCGUACCUCCGCUCCGAUGGGAUCCAAAAACGCAUGUGGAUCUUUCAGGGACCAGUAAAAAUACCAGUGCUACACCCUAUGGUUGCUGGCUUGAGGACCCGGGAUUAUUUGAUGCAAGAUUCUUUGGCAUGUCCCCAAGGGAAGCUCAGCAGGUUGAUCCUGCGCAGCGUCUUGCCCUGAUGACCGCCUAUGAGGCGCUAGAGCAAGCAGGUGUUGUUCCUGACGGGACGCCGUCCACUAAACGAGAUCGAGUUGGAGUGUUCUACGGUGUCACAAGCAACGAUUGGAUGGAGACGAAUAGCGCGCAGGAUAUUGACACAUAUUUCAUCCCCGGAGGAAACCGCGCAUUUAUUCCUGGUCGCAUCAACUACUGCUUUAAGUUCAGCGGGCCGAGCUAUAGUGUGGACACGGCAUGCUCAUCUAGUCUGGCAGCAAUUCAUCUUGCAUGCAACUCCCUCUGGCAGGGUGACAUCGAUACCGCGAUUGCUGGUGGUACCAACGUGUUGACGAACCCAGAUAUGACGAGCGGGCUUGACAGAGGACACUUUUUAUCGCGUACAGGAAACUGCAAAACAUUUGAUGACUCGGCUGAUGGCUAUUGUAGAGGAGAGGGGGUCGCUACGGUGAUUCUGAAGCGCCUCGAAGACGCGUUGGCAGAUAACGACCCGAUUCAGGGCGUGAUACUAAACGUUUCCACCAACCAUUCAGCAGAAUCUAAUUCCAUCACUCGUCCAAAUGUGGGAGCUCAAAAGGAUAUGUUCCAAAAGGUCCUUGGCGGUACGAAUCUCUCAGGUGUCAGUUAUGUCGAGAUGCAUGGGACCGGGACACAAACCGGCGACGUUGCUGAGAUGUCAAGCGUUUUGGAAUGCUUCGCAGCCAAAGUUGGUCAGCGUCCUGAGUACCGUCCUCUUUAUCUUGGUUCUGCAAAAGCAAAUGUGGGUCAUGGCGAGGCUGCUGCGGGAGUGACGAGUCUUAUCAAAGUAUUGCUAAUGAUGCGGCAUGAUACGAUCCCCCCUCAUUGUGGCAUCAAAACCGUGACAAAUCGCAAAUUUCCCGAAGAUUUGUUUUCUCGUGGUAUUCGUAUCGCCAACAAGCCAAUCAAGUGGAAACAAGAGCAAGACGUUCCUCGUCGCACACUGAUCAAUAACUUUAGUGCUGCAGGCGGUAAUACUGCUCUGCUGUUGGAAGAUCCGCCUCUGACGGUGGCUGACUCGGAAAUUGACACUCGGACAACACAUAUAGUUACCGUCACUGCCAAAACGGCUUCCGCACUGAAAGCAAAUGCGCAAGCCUUGUUGUUAUUCCUCACGCAUACUCCUUCAUCCUCCUUUACACUGCCAUCUCUUUCCUAUACGACAACUGCAAGACGCACUCACCAUCCUCAUCGUAUCGCCAUAAGUGGAUGUGACGUCGAUGAGAUUGCGGGGAACCUGUCCAAGGCAAUAAUUUCCGAGGUCGGAAAGACGAGAUCCAUCUCGAGUCCUUCAAUUGUUUUUAUAUUUACUGGACAAGGCUCCAGCUAUAUUGGAAUGGGAAAGGAGUUGUUUGACAGUAUCUCCUCUUUUCGAGCUGACAUCUAUCGAUAUGACAAAUUGACGCAAACCCAAGGCUUCCCUUCAAUCCUGCCCAAUUUCACCAUGGAUAAAAACAGUAUUCAGAUAUCAGAUCAAUCACCAACAGCAGUCCAACUGACUCUCAUUUGCUUACAGAUGGCGUUAGUCAGGCUUUGGGCUUCUUGGGGCGUGACCCCUAGCUCCGUUGUUGGCCAUAGUCUUGGUCAUUAUGCUGCAUUGAAUACUGCCGGAGUUAUUACGGCGGCGGAGACAAUCUACUUGGUAGGAAUGCGUGCUCAAGAACUCGAGAAGAGUUGCGUGUCUUAUACACAUUUGAUGUUGGCUGUCAAAUCUUCGUUUGAUAUACUGAGCCCCUCUUUAAAAGAUAGACAAGUUGAGAUUGCUUGCAUUAACGGCCCGAGCGAUAUUGUGCUUAGCGGGACUCGCGAGGACAUUGAAAGUUUGUCCGAGGUAUUAAAGUCCCACAAAAUCAUGUCGACGAUUCUCAAAACCUCUUAUGCUUUUCACUCCUCACAGAUGAACAACGUACUUGAGGGUUUCACUCAAGGUGCCCAAGGAGUAUCCUUCCACCCGCCAGCUAUUCCUGUGAUAUGUUCUCUUUCAGCAGCUGUGGUUCGUCUCCCCGGAGCUUUUGGACCGGAACACCUCGCGGACCAUUGCCGUAGACCCGUUGAUCUUGUUGGAGCACUUGCCGCUGCAAGUAAAGAAAGUGUCAUCACAGACAACACAAUCUUUAUUGAGAUUGGUCCCCAUCCUACGGUUUCGCGAAUGGUGAAAUCAAUUGUGAGCCAUCGCUCAACUGUCCUUCCAUCACUCAAGCGCGAUACAGAAACUUGGAAAACUCUGUCGGAUGCAUUAUCAUCGUUAUAUCUUGGAGGUGCCGAAAUUCGAUGGAAAGAAUUCCAUCGGGACUUUCCGUCGUGCCAAAAGGUUGUGGAGCUGCCGGCAUAUCAAUGGGACCUCAAGGACUACUGGAUAAAGUAUGUCAAUGACUGGUCACUUCGAAAGGGGGAUCCGAUUUCCUUUUUGGAUGCCGGGCAGCACAGACAUGUGGAAAUCCUUAGCACGACAAUCCACAAGGUAGUAUCAGAGUAUAUGAGGGAUCAGUCUGGUUCAAUAACUGUAGAGUCUGACAUCCAUCGUUCUGAUCUCUAUCCCCUAGUUCAAGGACACAAAGUGAAUGGUAUUCCACUUUGCACACCGUCCGUGUACGCCGAUAUUGGACUGUCUAUAGGUCGGUAUCUCCUCAGCAAAUAUCGACCAGCCAUGGAAGAACAACAAAUUGAUAUCUCAAAUAUGGUAAUUGAGAAGGCGCUCAUUGCGCAAAGCCAAGGUCCACAGCUACUUCAUACAUCAGUAGAUAUCGACUGGCACCAGAAGAGCGCCAAAUGCCAAUUUUCGACGGUCGAUAAAAACGAAAAGCCCAUCGUUGUACAUGCUAAGUGUACCAUCCUAUUCACGCCUCGUCCUGAUCCUCAAUUGCUGGAAGAUAGCGGACUAGAAUACGAAUUGCGAAUCAAACAACUCGAAGCAGGCCUCGCUGAAGAUGUAUGCUAUAAAUUCAACAAGACAAUGAUAUAUAGAAUGGUAGAUACGCUGGCCGAAUUUGAUGCAGCAUACCGCGCUCUAAGCGAGGUGGUUCUGAAUAGCGCGUCCAUGGAAGCAGGUAGUAAAGUUGAUCUCAGAGUUGUCAAGGAUACCGAGAGUAACAUUUUCCACACGCAUCCCGCUUAUAUCGAUUCCUUUUCUCAAUGUGCCGGAUUUGUUAUGAACGCUAACGAUCAAUCGGAUCCCACCUCUGAGGUAUUUGUAAAUCACGGCUGGGGGUCUUUCAAACUCUUUGAACGCCUCAUUCCAGACAAAGUUUAUAGGACAUUUGUCAAAAUGGUGAAGACGCAAGGUUCUAUUUGGGAAGGUAAUGUGAUGAUCCUUGACGGCAAUCGGAUUGUUGGUAAAUUUGAAAAGAUUCAGCUUCAGGGUGUCCCUAAACGGCUUCUACAUAGCAUCCUGCUAUCAGCAAGUAGGCAACAAUCGCAAGAAGAUACUUCAAAGUAUUCCACAAAGAGACCAACAAGCAUGGAUCAGGCUACACCAUCAAUACCUUCCCCUAGAGCUGGCGAUAUAAUGACCAAUACAAAUAUUGAUAGCCACUCAAGGCAGAUCGAGGCCAAGUCUAUUGUGACGGAAAAAGUCAUGAUCGACAAGUAUAACAAACUCAUGGAGAUUGUCUCCGAGGAGACUGGUAUAGAUAUUCACGAGUUGAACGACGAGACUGACUUUGUAACAAUUGGAGUUGACUCUCUGUUAUCAAUAAUCAUAACAAGCCGCCUUGAUGAAGAGUUGGAUUUUAAUACACAUUUUGGACUCUCCCUUUUUGACCAAUUCUUUACCGUGGGCGAAUUGAAAAGUGGUUUGGCUCGGUCUAUGGGACUAUCGCCUGGUACGAGAAGCUCGACCUCUUCUUCCGCUCAUGGUGAUACUCCAGCAACACUCCAUUCCCCAACUAUGACGGAAACACAGUUUGCAUCACCAUCAUUCUCCAUCGAGACCUCAUCACAGUCUUCACUCGCUUUAGAUGAUGGAGAAAUGAUUGAGAACGCACAUGUUCGCCAACCCACAUCCGUCGUUCUACAAAAAGCUCAUACAAGUAGCAAUGUUCGAACAUUGUUUUUGUUUCCUGAUGGAUCGGGAUCGGCGUAUUCCUACGCCAGUAUACCGCGAAUAAACGGUGAUUUGACAGUUGUUGCCCUCAUAUCAGCAUACAUGCGAGAGCCCGAAGAAAUGAAAUGCUCGUUCGAUGAGCUCGUCACUAGUUUUCUAGUUGAGAUAAAAAGACGACAGCCCAGUGGGCCCUACAACUUAGGCGGCUGGUCGUCCGGCGGUAUCUUUGCAUAUCGGGCUACGCAAAGACUCAUUGAGGAGGGCCAAAGAGUCGAUACCUUGGUGAUUAUCGAUUCUCCGGAGCCGAAAGGCAUGGAUCGGUUACCCCAGCGCUUCUAUGAUCACUGCAGUGCCAUUGGUAUAUUUGGACAGAUCAAAACAGACGGCAGCUCCGUCUCUGUGCCCCCAAAGUGGCUGAUCCCGCAUUUCAAUGCCACUAUCGACGUGUUGCACGAAUACUGGGCUGAACCUUUACCGGUAGGUCUCACGCCCAAAACUUCAAUCAUUUGGGCAAGGCAAUGCACCCUUGACGGUAUCAAGCAUCCAAAACUCCCACCGAGUGCUGAUGACACAGAGGGUAUGAAAUUUUUGACCGAGGAACGAACUGACUUCAGUGCCGGCGGUUGGGCCGAUCUCUUUCCGGGUGCCAAGAUAGAUGUCCAUGUAGUCGAAGGAGCAAAUCACUUUUCCAUGAUGAAUAAUGAAUACGCUUCAUCCUUGGCUAGUUUCAUUCGAUCGGCCACAUCUAAAUAA